AUGAAACAAUUCGUGCUAUUGGCGGUUAUGGCUGUGGCCCACGCGCAAUUUCAAAAUGGCCGAAUCCUUGAACCACCUGUGCCAUCACAGUGUGGCCAACGAACCAUUCACGAGAGAUAUGCAGACAACAAAGGAUAUUACUUCUCCUGGCGGGACCCAGCUCAGCGCAGUACUGAGGUCGACUGGCUGACUGCUAGAAACUUCUGUAGACAGCGUUGCAUGGAUCUCGUGUCUUUGGAGACCAGCGACGAAAACGAAUGGGUUAAAGCACGCAUCAUACAGGAUAAGGUCAAAUACAUCUGGACUUCUGGACGCGUAUGUGACUUCAAGGGUUGCAACCGUCCCGAUCUGCUUCCCAAUGAUGUCAAUGGUUGGUUUUGGACUGCUGAACUCCAGAAGCUGGCUCCGACCACCAACAGACAGCAGAACGACUGGUCCGAGGGUGGCGGUAUUGGGAAACCACAGCCUGACAACAGGGAAUUGAUCCAAGGAGGUGCGGCUGAGCAUUGCAUCGCUAUUCUAAACAACUUCUACAACGACGGAGUCCACUGGCACGACGUCGCCUGUCACCACGUCAAACCUUUUGUUUGCGAAGAAAACGACGCAUUACUUAAAUACGUCCGAUACACAAACCCCAAUUUACGAGUUUAA